AUGGCACGUUUGCGUGCUCUAUUCAUGCUAGCAGAUGUUAUUGACUUGCUUGUGCAAGCUGCAUCGCUCGUUUUAGUUCAUCACAGUCGUUCUAGCAGAUUUCAUCACACGCGUGGUCAUUAUUAUUCCGUGAGUCAAAAUGAUUCGAUCAGUUUGGGAACACCAGCAACAAGUUAUGCUGCUGCUGCAGCAACGAGUGCAACAACACCAAGUGCACUAUGUAUGCUUAUCAACGGUCGUCGAGUUCAGCAACAUUAUAAACUAUUAACCGAUGGUGUUGUUCAAGUGUGCCGCGUUCCACACGCAAAAAAUAUCAUUGAAAAAAUACGAUUCUCGCGUUUUCUUCGUCGCUGGGAAGAUCAUCAUAUUCAACUUGGACAAAAUGGAAUCAUAUCAGAUAACAAUGAAGGCUAUAUGGAUAAGCCGAUACUAUAUUCAUCAACUGAAGAUGUCUCGAUUUGGUCGAAAGCUAAAGUGAUCGAUUCGGAAGGCCGAUUCUGUUUGAGAAUAGUCACCAAUGAGUGUAUUUAUUUCUUUCAAGUCAAUACACUCUAUUUGAGAGAUCAGUGGUUUUAUUCAAUUCAAUGGAAGCGAAACAAAUCGAAAUUUGAGCGCAUUUUACGCUCGGCAAAUCGUCCGGAAGUACUUCUGAAAGAAAUGACCAAUAUGAUCGAUUUUGCUCUCUCAACACCCAUCGAAGAUGUUGAAGUUCAUCAUUUUCCCACGGAAAUCAUCUCUGAAAUUCUACAACAACAACAAUAUAAUUUACCACGUUUUGUCCAUGAGAAUGUGAUUGUGGCAUUGGCACCUUUAUUGGAAAAGAACUAUCCAUCGCCGGAAAUUUGUGACUUUUUCAGUCGACACUGCCGUGAUAGCCCACGUUCUCAGAUUGUCAUUGAAAUGUUCACACCUGUCGUGCAAAGAAUACUGAAACAUAAUACGGAUUUUGGUAAAUAUCCACGAAUGAGAAUCUUUGUCCAAGAUUAUCUUCUCGCACUUAAUUCUCAAAAUGAUGGAUUGCGUGUUGUGCAAGAUUUUAUUCGACGCAUUCACGGCCCAACAAUGGUUUGUCCGUUCCCACGUGUUCUCUCAAACUUUGUCUCAGUUUGCCUGGCCGCAAUUUACAAUUUCUUCGAAGAUCGUAAAAAUUUUCGUUUUGAUGAUAAAGACAGCUGCCGAGCGUAUGAAGAGGAAACAGAAACGCAAUUAGUCUGUUAUACAAAGAUGUUGCAGACAAUGUCUUCAUUUGACGACUGGCGACCACAUCUCGGUCUGCUUCUUCAAUCGAUUCCAUUUCCUGAUGAAGCUCUGGCACACGAUCGUUUCAUCGAAAUAUUCAAGAAUGUCGUCAAGCACGUCGUGGAAGAUAGUCGAUGUGAAGUCCAUCAGACAGUCUUGGGUAUCCGCGAAGGCAAAGAAGGCUGGUUUGAAAUGUUCUGUUUGGGUGGUAUUGCAUGUGAUGACGACGGUGAAAUGUUUUCAUUGAUGCUCAGCAAGUUAAUCUCAUGCUGUUGCCGAAAGAAACGCUUUCUAUUAAGUAUUAACAAACUAUUACCAGCUUUGAUGUUGCUUGCAUUACGUGAAAAUCAAAGCUCGUUAGAGACUCUAUGUGCAAUGCUUGACUUAGAUGCUGUGGAAAACCGUGAUAACAAACUGCAACUAAUAUCAACAUUACAAUCAACACCCACCGGUUUGAAAAUGUAUGCCAAAGUAUGCGAGAGAUUGAUAGCCUUACGAGAAUUACAACAAAAAGGCGGGCCCAAGAAGUUAACAUUACCAUCACGUUCAACAGAUAAUGACUUAGCUAAAUUAUUAUCAAGUGGCUCAUUUGGUAAUCUCGAAUGUCUAAGUUUAGCAUUCACGAAUGUUACAAGUGCGUGCGCCGAACAUUUAAUUAAGUUGCCCGGUUUGAGAUAUUUAAAUCUUUGGUCAACACAAUUUGGCGAUGCAGGCUUAGAACUGAUAUCUGAACAUUUAACACGACUGCAAGUAUUGAAUCUAUGUGAAACACCCGUGACUGAUAAAGGCCUUGCUUAUCUUGCAUGUAUGAAAAUGCUCAGAAAAUUGAAUCUGAAUUCAACCCAUUUAUCACCAUUGACAUUUGAAGCUUUGAAAAUGGGCAUUCGAGGGUUUCAAACCUUCAUCGAACAAAAACUAGGUUUACUACGUGAAAUUGAAUUGUACAAUUGUAACGUUUUGUUCGAUGGCAAUUCGAUUUAUCAUCAAAUGUACAAAGAAUGCAAUUUGACUUGCUUAUUCGGUGGUGAAUAUGACAAAUUCUAUGUUUACUGCAAACAGCUAUUCGAAUCGUUUCGUCUUUGUCAAAUCAAUGUGAUCGUUGUUUUCGAUGGUGCAAGACUUGAUGAUCGAAAAUUGGCCACCACUCUCGAAAGGUCAAAGAAACGCAUUGAUUAUUCAACAAAACUAAGUGUGAAUAUCGAUCUAAGUCCACUGCUGCUACGACAAACAUUCAUCAAUAUACUCGAUGAAAUGAAUAUUCCAUAUAUAUCAGCUCUCGGUGAAGGGGAUGACGAAUGUGUUUCACUAGCAAAUCAUUUAGAUUGUUAUUUAAUCGCACGUGACAGUGAUUAUUAUUGUUAUAAUCUUCAUCGAGGUUAUGUUCCGUUUGAUUAUGUGGAUGUAAAUCCAAUCGAGAAAGAUUCGUACCAUUAUUUACCUGCUCGACUGUUUACAAUCGAUUAUCUGCUUGACGAAUUUCCAGGUUUGAACCAUUCCACGCUUUCACUUGCCUGCUGUCUGUGUGGAAAUGAUUAUAUAGCUCCACAGGUAGUACAAACAAUUUUCAAUCAUAUUAUGGAAACGGUGACUAAAGCAAUCGAGAAAAAAUCGAAGAAAACACUCCGGACGACACAUUGGUAUGCUAUGCAAUGGAUGAAACAGUUUGACAAUGUCGAAUUAGCUUUAGAAAAAUCAUUGGAACCUAUUCAGGGUGUUUCAGAAAGAACGAAGGUCGAAAAGAAACUUCGAUCUGCAUUACAAUCUUAUUUAAAUCCAAGUGAUACAUUAAUUUAUCGAUUCGCUUCGUCGACCAAUGAAAAUCUACUGAAAAAUCCAUAUUUUGUUCGAUUAGCUCAAGAAUAUUUGCACGCAUUUGAUUUGAACGAUGAACAAAUUCGCAAUGAAAUUGACAAAGUUUCAUGCGAAAUUAAAAGUAAAUGUAAUCAUUCAAUUCCAAAUUAUAUAUUCGAUGCUUUAACCGAUCUUCGUCUUUCCGAAUCGUUUAUUGAAGUCCUGAUCCAUCGUCGUUUGAUUUGCUCUGCACUGGUUGAGUUAGAACGAGAAUCAUCAAUUCAUGUCGAUGCUAUUCCAAUCAUUUUGCCUUGUCUGACAAUUUUACUCAAAUGGGAUGACGAACAGGAUAAUCAGUCUGUUGUCAUUUAUCACCGAGUGUUAAGACAAUUGAAAGCAUGCACAUAUUCACUCGAUGACUAUAAUGAAACCGUCAAUCUUAAUCAACUGAGCUCUUUGUCGAAUCUCGAACGCGAAAAUCUCGUUUAUAAAUGUUUGAAAAUUCCCUUUUCAUCACGAGAACGAUAUUCCCAAAUUCAUUCGGAUUAUCACCUCUGGUUACUAAGUAUUCAUUAUUGGUAUUCCAUUCGUCAAUUAACACCUGUAUAUCUUUAUGGGAUAAUCAUUUCAUUCGUCAAGUCGAUUUAUUUACAAGAGAAGAAAACCGAUCUCUUGGAAAAUAUCGAUCCGUUGUCAUUACCUCUCGAUGAUAAACACAAUUCGAUACGAAUGGAAGAAGAUACUCGCCGAGCAAUCCUAUCGAAAUUUAAAACCAUGAGAAGCAAAGUUUUUCAUUCGAAGAGUUUUGAUUGCAGCAUCAUCCAUGAAUUUAAUUGUUUGCAAACGAUUUAUAUUUAUACAUUGAAAGCGAAUGACUUCUUCAAUCGACCAUUUCGAUGUCAAAUACCUGCACAUGUGUUUCUCAAUGGCUCAUUUUUCUAUGCAUUCGUUGAGCACUACGAAACAAAACAUAAUCUGAAUGACGCAAUCGCUGUUCUCUUUCAAAAACAACCGAUAGUUUUAGAUAUUAUCAAUAAUCUAUAUGCAGCAGCUUCAUUGAACAUCGAUGCUUAG